CUUUCCCCGCGAGCGGACGCGGCAGCGCCUCUGUCUCGCUUUUUCUUAUUUUCCCCCUUUCCCCCUUCCUUUUUUUUUUUUUUCUUUUUCUUUUUUUCCCCCUUCCCCCCCUUUCACCAUUUCCCCUCGGAGGCGCUUCCCCCGGGCAGGGGCAGAGCCGGUCUCACCCCCCGCCUCUCCCCGGCCCCCGCCACCCUAUGGCGAGAGGGAGCCCCCUCCCCACCCGGGCACAAACGGCAGCGGUUGGAGGAGCGGGACCGGCGGUGGCGGCGGCGGCUUCAGGUCCGGGGUCAUCAUGAAACUAAUUCGUUGAUCGACGCCUUGGCCGCGGCCGUGCGUCCCGCUCGAGCGCCCGCGCACCUCCGCCCUGUUCCACCUCUUCGCCUUCCUCUGUCGGCCCCGUCCUCGUCCCGCGCGCCCCGCCGCUGCGCGCUGAGGAAAAUGAGGUGGUAACGGGCCUCCGGAUGACCCCGCGCCACCACUGUGAGACCUACAGCUCUGCCGGGGAGGAGGAGGAGGAGGAAGAGGAGGAGAAGAAUGUUUCUCCAUCCCAGAGAGAUGAAGUAAUUCAGUGGCUGGCCAAACUCAAGUACCAGUUCAACCUUUAUCCAGAAACAUUUGCUCUGGCUAGUAGUCUUUUGGACAGGUUUUUAGCUACUGUAAAGGCCCACCCAAAAUAUCUGAGUUGUAUUGCAAUCAGCUGUUUUUUCUUAGCCGCCAAGACUGUUGAGGAGGAUGAGAGAAUUCCAGUACUGAAAGUAUUGGCAAGAGACAGUUUCUGUGGAUGUUCCUCAUCUGAAAUUUUGAGAAUGGAGAGAAUUAUUCUGGAUAAGUUGAAUUGGGAUCUUCACACAGCCACACCAUUGGAUUUUCUUCACAUUUUCCAUGCCAUUGCAGUGGCAACGAGGCCCCAGUUACUUUUCAGUUUGCCCAAACUGAGCCCAUCGCAACAUUUGGCAGUCCUUACCAAGCAACUCCUUCACUGUAUGGCAUGCAACCAACUUCUGCAGUUCAAAGGAUCCAUGCUUGCUCUGGCCAUGGUUAGUCUGGAGAUGGAGAAACUUAUUCCUGACUGGCUUCCUCUUACAAUUGAACUGCUUCAGAAAGCACAGAUGGAUAGCUCCCAGUUGAUCCACUGUCGGGAGCUUGUGGCACGUCACCUUUCUACUCUGCAGUCUUCCUUGCCUCUAAAUUCCGUUUAUGUCUACCAUCCCCUCAAGCACACCCUGGUGACCCGUGACAAAGGAGUGUUCAGAUUACAUCCCUCCUCUGUCCCAGGCCCAGAUUUCUCCAAGGACAACAGCAAGCCAGAAGUGCCAGUCAGAGGUACAGCAGCCUUUUACGAACAUCAUCUGCCAGCUGUCAGUGGGUGCAAGCAUACCUCUGCUAAACGCAAAGUAGAGGAAAUGGAGGUGGAUGAUUUCUAUGAUGGAAUCAAACGGCUCUAUAAUGAAGAUAAUGCUUCAGAAAAUGUGGGUUCUGUGUGUGGCACUGAUUUGUCAAGACAAGAGGGACAUGCUUCCCCUUGCCCACCUUUGCAGCCUGUUUCUGUCAUGUAGUUUCCACAAGUAUUACCUUCAAGUGCAAACUAAGGUAGAAUAUUCUGGGAAUGAGAACAUGCAAAACCAGGAAAGGCUGUAGAAAGGUAUAUAUCUUAUCAGGCUGAUUUGAGGUGAGCCAGAAAAAAAAAAACCCUCAGUUACUUGUGUGGCUAAUUAUAAUUCAACAUUAUAUAAGUACUUAAACACCAAAAAAUACAUAUAUAAAAAGUUCAGAAGACCCCAAAUUUUUUUAAAAAGUAAAAAAUUUCUUUGUAGUAUGUCGGUUUCACUUUUUCCUGCUAAAAUGUAAUGUAGCUUGCUCCAUGUCAAAACUACACAUUUAACAUUUUUUUAAAAGUUCCAAAAUUCAUAGCUAUCAGUCCCUUUCUCCAGCAUCUUGAUUUAAUUGUCCUGUUGCUUUUGCUUGCUUCUCCAUUGAAUACAUAAUGAAUUUUAUGCAUGUUGAUCUGUACUCUGAUUUCUACCGAAUAGGAAACCCCCAAAACUGUUUUUUAGCAAUUUAAUGAACAAAUUAUUUUAGUGUGACAGCCAUGUUUAAUCCAUGAUUCAAAUUCCAAUUAGUAUGAAAAGGGUACUUUGGAAUUGUCCCAUAUUAAUCAGAGGUGGUGGUAAAAAAAAAAGUUAUCACAUUACCACAUUGAUUUUGUUUCAUUUCAGUUUCUAGAGUUUAAAAACUGUUUUCAUUUUUGUUUAUCUUAAAGUGAAAGCUUAAAAGUGGCAUGUAAUUAGGACAGUCUUAGAUUUGUUGAAAGCAUUUUUGACAUUUGUAUAAAAGAAUUUGUGGUAAAGGUAAUAUAUCCAGGUGCUCACCAAAGAUACAUGUAUGUAACAACUACAAUUAGAUUUUUAUAACUGAUCAGUUUUCACUCAUUUAUAAUCAGUAGGAGAGACUGUCUAGAUGUUUGGGCAGCUCUGUGAUUUUAGUCUGUAACAUGAUAACAACUGAAUUUAGUACCCUAGUUUUAUGUUAAGCUAUUAGGAUUUUUUUGAUAAAGUUAUUCCCCCUGCUUCCCCAGUCUACCUAUAUUUCUCGUAAUGACUCUGGAUCCUGCGGUCCCUUUGCAGUCUGAAGAAGGUAUUGCAGUCAGAACCAUGUACUGAUGGUAAAAGCCUCUGGUAGCAAUAAAAAGUUGUCCUUAAAAA